AUGAUUGACCUUGCGACUGACUCUAAACACAUCCGUUGUUGUGUGAGUCGAAUGAAAUUCAUGGCCAACUGGAUGACCUCCAUGCCACCUUCUACUUGGAAACACGUAGUCUUUCCAGUGGCUUGCACCGUUUUCCGCUUUGGAGUGCGGUCAGGUAAUGAGGCGACGGAUGUACUGGAUACCGAUGGACUUCCGGUAGGAAAGCACGCACUGAGUUGCGCUCAGUCCGAUUUUCUUGAGGAUAUUCGAGUGAUUCGUUCGCCGGAAUCGAUUUAUCGGUUAAAAACAACUAGUCCACACCAAACAGCCUGGAAGUGCUGCAAACCAAUUCGGCUAUACUUUGAACUCAGAACAGAAGAGCAGACAGAUUCCGUCCAAGUGGAUCAGUGUAUGGCCUAUGUGGUGCUCCCCACCGGUGAGCAAACGGAAUACACCAUCAAUGAUGGUCAGCUGACUCCCACGGCUGAUAUGGAGGAGGGUCUGUACUACUUUGUCUGUGGUAUGAGGCGUCUGGGGCUCCUCGAUAACCUGUCAAUGCAUUUGAUCGAUGCAGAUUUGUGUGGCGCCAAGUGUGGACCUGUAGUGGUGGACCUCACUUCGUCACAGAAACGCUACCGUAUGUGUCUGUGUGCCAGGAAUGAGUCGUCAGUCCAUGCAAACGCUUCGCUUCCAAUCGAAUGUACCAAUCCAACUGAUCAUCCCGUGCAUUUUUCUGACAAUUACAUUGAGGUGCAAGAUGCUGCGGUUUACCCCGAUCAGGUGGAAUUUUUAUGUGACGCAUGCUGGAACUCGACUACAUGUGACAAUAAACAGAGUAUCGUAUUGUUUCUGGCCCCUCCAGAACGCGAUUUGUCGAUACGCGCGAAUGUUUACAACCGAAGCUAUAAUGUUACAAGGCUGGACUCCGAAUUCGUCCCUUGCGUCACUUGGUCAUACGUACCGCCUAGUUCCGCUUGCGAAGGGCCACAUAUUACCUCUCUGUCACUGCAAUGCGAUUACCAAGUUCCCGAGGAGACGAUUACACAACUGGAUGUUAUAUGCACCUUAACGGAAGUCGAAAGUUAUCAGACACUGAAGCUCAGCGUUUACGAUGAUCGGCCACCCAUAUUUGACUGUAACAACAACACAAUAAUUGUGCUUGAUGUAGGCUCGAUAGAAAAGUAUCCCGUUUGCAGGUGGAUAGCCAGAGACCCAUCGGACCAAGCUCAAGUGGACGAGACGCUGGACAUUGUAUGCUUUUCAAUACCUCCAGGGUUGAAUUUCCAUCGAGGCACUGUCUUGGCAUCGCAAUCACGUCUGUCCACGACGGAGUACACGGUGGUAUGCAAUCAACGAUCCGUGGUUGUCCUCGUGGACUCCAGAGGUUGGUCACAUCUCACUAAUGAGUUUGCAGCUUCAUGA